AGUUAGCGUCAUUCGACUUUUAAAAAUGGUUGACACAUUUGACAGCCGACAAGUUUAAUUUACAAGAACAUUUUUACAAUUCCCUUAUAUUAAUUAUUUAGAAUUAAUGUGUAUUAUAAGUUUAUAAUGGAGCACUUACUUAAAGGAAAAUUUGGAAAAAUUGUAUUCAGUUCCUAUUCCAAAAAUCCGUUAAAGUACGGCUCAAAGGCCAAUUUCAAGAGAGGUGUGAGUAGCGUUUGGGGUGGUAGAGCGGUUGAUAGAUCGAGACCGUUGUUAAAAAGCCAAUACCAGCAACAGCGUCGCGAUUAUGGUAUAUUUGUGGUGCGUGCCUUAAGGAGUGUUUUAAAAAUUAGGUAUUUAUUACUGGGAGGAGCCGUCGGUGGAAGUGUUACAUUGCAGAGGAAAUACCAAGAUUGGAAGGAUGGUUUACCCGAUUUAAAGUGGUUAGAGGACGUCCUACCUGACAAUGAUAAAUGGCAGCAAUUUCGUACAUCCCUCAUACAACUGCGAGAUAAUGUCAAGGAUAAUAUCGAAGUAGAUCCCAGACUGAAAGAGGUGACACAAAAUAAGUACCGAGAGUUCAAAGAUUGGUUCGAUCAACGUCUGGACGAUGCAAUAGCAGUUGCCGAGAAGUCAAACAGUCAGAUUAGUUACGGUGGGGAUUUUGCAAGAAUUUCGGAAUUUGUAGACAGACUGUACUCAGAUACCAAGAAUGAGGUUAUUAAUAACAGCGUAGUACAUGCACGAACUUUUCUUCAAAAAGAUGAGAGUACAAGGAAGGAAUCUCAAGCUCAUCUUGAUUCACUACACGAUGAGGUUAUUCAAACGCAAAUAAGGUAUCAACGCGAACUGGAACGCCUAGAAAAGGAAAAUAAAGAACUUCGAAAGCAGAAUCUAUUAUUAAAACAAGGACGAAAACCCUCAUCCCGUCAGGUGAAACGUAGCCUAAUAGAUAUGUACAGUGACGUUUUGGACGAAUUAGCAGACUACGAUACCACAACAUACAGCACUGCCGACCAAUUACCACGUGUGGUGGUGGUCGGUGAUCAAAGUAGUGGAAAAACGUCAGUUUUGGAAAUGAUUGCACAAGCUCGUAUCUUUCCCAGGGGAGCAGGCGAAAUGAUGACACGUGCGCCUGUAAAGGUUACCCUGUCGGAGGGACCCUAUCAUGUUGCUCAAUUUCGAGACUCUUCGCGAGAGUUUGAUCUUACAAAGGAAUUGGAUCUGGCGGAUCUUAGGAGGGAGGUGGAACUACGAAUGCGAAAUAGCGUUCGUGGUGGUAAAACUGUUUCGUCCGAUGUUAUUUCUAUGACUGUGAAGGGCCCGGGUAUUCAGCGUAUGGUACUGGUGGAUUUGCCUGGAAUUAUAUCAACCGUCACAACGGACAUGGCUUCGGACACGCGCGAGGCUAUAAAAGUCAUGACACAAGCCUACAUGAAUAAUCCAAACGCGAUUAUUCUGUGCAUUCAGGACGGUUCCGUGGACGCGGAGAGGAGUAACGUUACCGAUUUAGUAUCGCAAUGCGAUCCGAGCGGGAAACGCACCAUAUUUGUUUUGACCAAAGUCGAUAUGGCCGAGGAGAAUCUUACAGAUCCGAAUAGGAUUCGUAAAAUCUUGCAAGGCAAGCUCUUCCCCAUGAAGGCAUUAGGAUAUUUUGCCGUAGUAACUGGACGGGGACGCAGAGAUGAUUCCAUUCAAACAAUCCGGGAAUAUGAAGAAAAUUUCUUUAGAAAUUCAAAGUUGUUUAAAGAGGGCCGCGUGAUGACCGCGCAAGUAACGACGCGCAACUUGAGUUUGGCGGUCGCCGAUUGUUUCUGGAAGAUGGUCAAGGAGACGGUCGAGCAACAGGCCGACGCUUUCAAGGCGACAAGAUUUAAUUUGGAGACUGAGUGGAAAAAUACGUUUCCGCGUUUGCGCGAGCAAGAUCGCGACGAACUGUUCGAAAGGGCGAGAACCGAAAUCCUGGACGAGGUUGUGAAUUUGUCUCAGGUCAGUCCUAAAAAGUGGGAGGACUGUUUACUGGAUAGAAUCUGGGAGAGGGUAUCCGACCAUGUUUUCGAAAAUAUUUACUUGCCAGCUGCUCAGUCUGAAUCACAAGGCUCAUUUAACACCACAGUCGAUAUUAAGCUAAGGCAAUGGGCCGAACGUGCACUUCCCUCAAAAUCGGUCGAAUCUGGUUGGGAAACGUUACAGACCGAAUUCCGCCACUUUUUGGAAAAAGCGUCUAAAUCGCCCGAUCACGACACGAUCUUCGAUCAGCUAAAGGAAGCUGUUGUAACCGAAGCUAUGCAAAAACAUUUGUGGGAAGAUAAAGCCUUGGACGUAUUACGCGUCAUUCAACUUAAUACGUUGGAGGAUCGUACGGUUACAGAUAAAAAAGAUUGGGACUCUGCUACGAGAUUUUUGGAGUCUAGCAUAAAGGAUAAAUUGAAAAAUACAGAGAACCUGCUGCAUCACAUGUUAGGGCCGUCUGCAAGAGAGCGGUGGAUGUAUUGGCAGUAUUUAACAGAGGAACAAACGCGCCGGAACGCUGUCAAGGUGGAAUUAGACAAAAUUUUAAAUUCCAAUCAGAGUCACCCACCCGUAUUAAGCUAUGAUGAGCUCACGACAAUACGUAAAAACAUCCAACAUAGCAACAUUGACGUGGAUUCCGAAUUCAUUAGGGAAGUUUGGUAUCCAGUGUAUCGUACGCAUUUUCUUAAAAAAGCCCAGCAACGGAUAAAUGAUUGUCGCAGAUCCUACUUCCUUUAUCACCAAGGUGAGGAAACGGAGUGCAGCGAUGUCAUUUUAUUCCAUAGGAUACAGCAAAUGCUGAAGGUUACCUCGAAUGCUUUACGGCAACAGAUAAUGAAUCGCGAGGCUAGACGGUUAGAUAAGGAAAUUAAGGAAGUCUUAGACGACUAUAGUCAAGAUAACGAGAAAAAGGAGAAGUUGCUGACUGGUAGACGCGUAACAUUAGCCGAAGACUUAAAGCGUGUGAGACAAAUUCAGGAAAAAUUAGAGGAUUUCAUACAAGCUUUAAAUAAAGAGAAAUAAUUGUUUUUUGUUAUUAUUAAUUGUUACAAUUUUAAUAAAUGAAUUGCCUAGUCUUCGCACA